GCUCUUCCUCCCGCUGUGCUCAAAGUCACGAGCAUCAAGCGGCUCUUCCUCGAAAGCAACGAUCUUGCUGAACUACCGCACCAGCUCCCUUCUCUGACCUCCCUCACAGAGCUCUGGCUAGGAUACAACAGCAUACGUGAUCUGAGCCUCGACGCUGGGAGCUGUUGUGGCCUGACAGCCUUGACGGUGCUGGACUUGAGCAGCAACCGGCUCAAGGCUCUGCCCGAGGACUUGGCUUUGCUGACGUCGCUACGGUCUCUAUCGCUCGACAACAAUCAGCUGAAGGCACUGCCCUGCAUGCAGGACUGGACCUCCUUGCUCAGGCUCUCAGCGUCAAACAAUGAGCUUAACUGCCUUCCCGCGACUUUCAGCUCGCUCGUCUCUCUGCAGACCAUGGUUGUCAACAAUAACCUGAUUGAUGUGCUCCCAGCAAAUCUCAGUCGGCUGACAAGCUUGCGCUCUUUUGACAUCAGCUAUAACUGUCUGCGACAUCUUGGGUUGCCUGAUAACGGACUGCACCAGCUUUCUUCUCUCACGUCGUUGGAAGCGAAGAUGAACGAGAUCGCGGAGCUAUCUGUGCCGGGUCUCGCAGGGACAUGCAUGUUUGAGGGCCUGGAGGUGUUGAAUCUCAAAGGGAACAAGCUUCUCUCUCUCCCGCAGGAAGUCUUGCACCUGCAUCGCCUCAAAGAACUAGACCUCUCUUACAACCUCAUCUAUGAUCAUCAAGGUCUCGUCUCCUUCAUUCGGUCGCAAGUUGAGAUGCACAUGGAGAGACGGUCCUUGACAGAUCUCCCUGCCCUCGUCUUGAAGAGCAGAGAGCUGCGACACCUCUUCUUGUCUCACAACCUGCUGCUCAAGUUGCCGGAGACCAUGACAUCUCUGACUAGUUUGCAAACUCUGCAUGUAGACAACAACAGGCUCAUCUUGUUGGAGCGAUGGAUCUCCGAGCUCCAGUCGCUCACGGAUGUGAAUCUCAGUGUUAACAAUCUU